AUGGACGCUGCAACUCGACAGAUCAGCAAACUCAGUAUCGACAAGAAGACACCGUCAUCUGCGCGCGCGAGACGUCCCAAGCAUGGACGGUUGCAGUUGACAGAGAGAGACAAGGCGGAUGCCCGUGAAUUCAGCCGUCGUCUCUCACAGAAGUAUAUGCUUGAGCAUGAGCCAUGGCGUGGCCCUAGUCUUUCAGCCGAAUACACUCGUGGUCCGCAUAGCAGCCCUCCCAUUCUCUUCUUCGGCAUCGGGUUCAAGUUGACCGUUGAAGACCUGCUCCCCGUUUCCCAAAGUCUGGGCGCUGCCGUAUUCCAUGACGAGAACCAUCCAGACUAUCUUUACGGCCUUUUCACAGGCAUUUGGUUUGCCCUGAGCGACAAGCUGGAAAACAAGUUAGACUGGCCACUCCUGAGCCGGCAAGUCAUGUCUUCGCAAGCAGACCACGUCCUCGCCCUCGAAGACAACAACCUACGACUCCUGAUGGCUGGCACCUCUCCGGAUGACCCUGACCGCUGGGACUCUAUAAACUGGAGGCCUUUGGAAGGCAUGGCGCGGAUGCUUCGUGAGCUGACGGGUAGGACGUGUAAAUGGUAUAUAGGCAGUGAUGUCUGGAACCCCGAGUGGGAGACCUGUGCUUACAACGCCCGCUGGGUUAAGCUGCUUCGGCGCACUGGCGGUUGAUCAUUCCCUGUUGGUAUCAUCAUGUGUGGCGUCCUUGUCUAGUGCCAAAUGUAUAACAUAAAG